AUGUCCAGGGUUCCUUCAAACCCAGUCAAGGGCCGAGCCUUUUUGGACUGCAUUGCCAACAUGGAACAGACUGGAGUGAUCACUCCGGUUCCCCCGUCAGAAACAUUUUGCGGGUUUUACUCCAAUCUGUUCCUGGUUCCAAAGAAAGACGGGUCCUUCCGACCAGUAUUGGACCUGAAGUUCCUCAACAAACACAUACGAUCGGUCCGGUUCAAAAUGGAGACUCUCCGGUCUGUCAUACGGGGCAUGGAACCAGGUCAACUGCUGAUGUCCCUCGACAUCAAGGAUGCGUAUCUUCACGUUCCGAUCUGGCCUCCUCACCAUCGCUUCCUCAGGUUCGCAUUCCGAAAUCGCCAUUACCAAUUUGUGGCACUCCCGUUCGGUCUCUCCUCUGCCCCCAGAGUGUUCAACCGGCUCCCCACAGUCCACCUCGCAAUGAAGGUCCUCGGUUUGAUGGUCUCAUCCAUCGAAGCAGUUCCCUUCGCUCAGAUACACUUGAGACCUCUACAAGCCAACGUUCUCUCGGGAUGGAAGGGGGGCCCUCUGUCCCAACGGAUUGUUCUACAGCAAACAACCCGGGAGUCACUCCUCUGGUGGCUGAAUCACCGCAAUCUGUCGACAGGCCAGUCUUGGGCGACUCCGGACUGGACCGUGAUCACAACAGACGCAAGUCUCCUCGGAUGGGGCGCCACGUGGAACACCUCGUCGGUACAAGGCCGUUGGUCGCCAGCAGAAAAGAGACUACACAUCAUCGUCCUGGAGCUUCGGGCAGUCAGGCUUGCCCUCAGACAUUGGUCUCCACUGCUCCAAGACAAGUCGAUCCGCGUACAAAGCGACAACUCCACCACCGUCGCGUACAUAAACCGGCAAGGAGGUACCCGCAGCAAAGCAUCCCUGGCGGAGGUGGUACAAAUCCUAGCCUGGGCGGAACUCAGCUCAGUCAGACUAUCUGCCAUCCACAUUCCGGGAGUAGACAACACCCAAGCAGACUUCCUCAGUCGGAACCAGCUGGAUCCGGGAGAAUGGGAACUUCAUCCCGCAGUGUUCACAGACCUAGUGAAACGGUGGGGAAGUCCUCAAGUCGACCUCAUGGCCUCCAGAGCCAACCGCAAGGUUCCGGCCUUUUACGCCCGUUUUCGGGAUCCGUCGGCGAUGGGAGUGGACGCCAUGACACAAGUCUGGGAUUUCCACCUAGCUUACGUCUUUCCUCCGUUUCCAAUGCUCCCUCGGGUUCUGAAGAAAAUCAAGCAAUCCUACACGACAGUCAUAGUGAUAGCUCCGUAUUGGCCCCGGAGAACGUGGUUCACGGAUCUUCAGGACAUGUCCAUAGCUCAACCAGUUAGUUUCCCUCCCAGGUACGAUCUUCUCCAGCAGGGUCCCAUACUACACCACAAUCCGGGACUGUUCGCUUUGACGGGAUGGCUGUUGAGGCGGCCAUCUGGAGACGGAAGGGUAUAG